UCCAGUCUGUAGUUAUAAGGUGCCAUCAGUAUUGGAUUGUGUAUAAGUGUGUGGUCCAAUUUUUUACAAUUGUUUACAUUGUACCAGACAUGUAUGUACUCACAUUAAUAUUGCUAUUAAUGGCAGUGCCUUCUUACUCUAAGAUAAAAUGUGUGAGACAAACAGAAUGCGGCUGUUUCGAUGAUGAUGAUUAUUUAGAGUACUAUUGCGAAAAAUCCCAAAACACCAUCCAGGUGGACAAACAAACUAAAAUAGUACAAGUGGACUGUUUCUCACCAUCGCCUUUGGAUCAGUCGGACCUUCCUCAAAUUGACGUUAGUGAACGAGUAAGUCUUGACUUUUUCAAAUGCGGACCCCCAAGGACGAAUUAUCUUUCAAUUCUACGAAAGAUGAAUGUAAAAAACAUAUCUGAACUUUCGUUUGAUGGCAUCUUCGACAAUCAACAUGUGACGAUUUUCUCUGAAGAUAUGUUUCACGGAACGGAGGUUAUUGAGGCUUUGAAAAUACAGAACGUUAAAUUUUUGCAAAUUGAAGAGAAUAUCUUAGAAGCUGUGCCCAAGUUGAGGGAGUUUACUGUACAUUUUAGUAAUAUAACAAAUACGUUGAAUUUAAACUUCUCCUCAGUACAAAAUCUUACAUAUUUACAAAUGAGUUCCAUCGGGUUGCAAGAAAUUCCCCUAAAUGAAUACAACAACUUACCACAACUAAAGUGGGUGUUGUUAUUUAACAACAACAUUAAAACGUUAGGAACAAAUGCAUUUAAGGGUGCUGUUAACAUACAACUACUGGAGCUGAGCAGUAAUAAAAUAGAAACCAUACAUGGGAAUACUUUUCAAAACUUGAACAGCUUAUACGUUCUUAGUUUGUUUAAAAACAACAUUUCGGAUAUCACCAAAGAUUCGUUCAAACAUGCGAAGAAUUUAUAUAUCAUACGUUUGGAAUUCAAUCCAAUGUUAAGACUCCACGAUUAUGCUUUUGCACAUAUGACAAAUUUAACGAAAAUAUCCCUAAAUAAUUGUAACAUACAGAAGCUACCGGCAAAUUUGUUCAAAGGCUCAACAAACUUACAAGAUGUGAAACUGGAUAACAACCAGCUGUCGACAAUUCCUAACAAGUUCUUCGAUUCAUUAAGCAAGAUGAAAAAAUUAAGGCUGGAUCACAACAACAUACAAGUGUUACCAAUAGAUAUUUUCGAGCCUCUUGAAUCACUGGAGGAAUUAAAUUUGGGACACAAUUAUCUAACUGCAAUAAACUCAAAGUUAUUUUAUAAACUUGACAAUUUAAUGAAAUUGAACUUAUGGAACAACCAAAUUGAGAAUAUAGAAGGUCCCUUGUCAAAUAUGAAACUUGAAGAGCUUGAUUUGUCUGACAAUAAAAUAGCAACGAUUGAAUUCAAAUUUAACAAUUUAAUUGACUUGAAGUACCUCAAUUUGAGUAGGAAUAUGUUGGAAAGUGAAGUCAUUCCGAAUACCAUACACAAAAUAGAAGAUAUUGAUAUGUCAUUCAAUAGGAUUAAAAACAUUUCGUUGAUGGCUUUAUCCAAUGUCAACGCCAAUAGAUUUACUGUAAACCUAUUAAAUAAUGAAAUUUCCAAGAUUGAUAGCAUAAUUUAUUCCCAUUCAGAUGACGAUAAGCAAGAAAUAACACUUUUCUUGGACAACAACCCAAUUGAUUGUGAUUGUUACAAUUACAAUUUUAUAAAGAACUAUCCGGAUGUUAGAAAUGCAAACAAGAUUUUCUAUAUUAAAAAUCACGAACAAUUAACGUGCACAUCAGGUAUUCGUGUAGCGGAUCUAACCAAACAUUUGGACACUAUUAAGUGUCCAAUGAGUAACUUAUUGGCUCAGGAGUACACAUGUACAGACAGUUGCGACUGUUUUUGGAAACCACAUAACAAUACGUUUGGAAUGGACUGUUCCAACAGGAAUCUCACCCAAGUACCUACAUUUGUCGCCCCUUUGAAUUGUAGUAUAUGGAACCAAGUUUAUCGCAUUAAAAAUAUAGAGAUUAAUUUGAGUAACAAUUCUUUGGAGGAGGCUCCAACUUCGCAGGAUGGAUAUGAAGGUGUGACCGAGAUGAAUUUAUCUAAAAAUAAAAUUGGAAACAUUAACUGGAUACCUCCUCACAUACAGAAAUUAUACUUAAGCCACAACCGUUUGACUGCGAUGAAUGACACAGUUGUGGACAAACUAAAUGGUUCCAUAAAAUAUUUGUCACUUGAUGGGAAUCGUUGGACGUGUGACUGUUCUGCUUUAAAACUUCAACAGUUUUUAAUCCAUAACAUUAAGCAGGUUGGGGAAAGACACGUUUAUUGUGAAGACAGUAAUGUAAAAAUCAUACAAAAUUCUGAACUUUGCAACUACACAACCUUAAUUGUAUCGACUGCAGCUCCAAUCGUGGUCAUAAUUCUCUUCAUUGCAUUUGGAUUGGCAAUGUAUUAUAAAUGGCAGGAGGAAAUAAAAGUUUGGUUGUACCACAAAAAUCUGUGCCUUUGGUGGGUUACUCAAGAAGAACUGGAUAAAAACAAACAGUACGAUGCGUUCCUCAGCUUCUCACACAAAGAUGACGAAUUUGUUUUAAAAACUCUGGUCCCCUUUUUAGAAUCGGACAGUAAUGCCUACAAGUUAUGUGUCCAUUAUAGAGAUUUUGUGGUUGGUGCACACAUUGGAGAGCAAAUUACAACCACAAUUGCCAACUCCAGAAGAACCAUAGUGGUCCUGUCGGAAAACUUCAUCGAAAGUUGUUGGGCUAAAAUAGAAUUCCGCACAGCCCAUUCAAUAGCAUUGUCUGAAGGCACAUCACGAGUCAUCAUAAUUAUAUAUGGCGAUGUAGAAGAAUCAAAUUUACCCAGUGAAAUUAAAGCCUAUCUUCGCACCAAUACUUAUGUGAAAUGGGGAGAUCCCUGGUUCUGGCAAAAGUUGUCAUAUGCCAUGCCACAUAAAAAAUUGUGUAACGUUGUGCACAAUACUAAAAUAUUACCUAUCUGACAAAUUACUUAAAUUUUAUUGAAAAUAUUUUGUAAAUAGUUUAACAGUAUAAUUUUAUUUAAUGUGCAAAUAAUAAGUGAUUAUAUGUGUUUUAAAGUAUA